UCUCUGGUAGGACCCCCGCUGACCCCCAAAUCAGGCUGGAGUGGGGGUGUGUAGGUUGCUGUGGGAGGUGUCCUGACAGCCUGGGGGCCUCCCGGGGGCUGAGGAGGGCCAGGGCACUGUGCCAGAGAGGGCUGGGGUGUGGCAGUGGGAACAGCCAUCUGUUCAGCCGUCUCUGGCCCCCAAUUCUAGCCUCUCCCAGGGUCCAGGUGAAGGGACGGAGGGAAGCUUCCAGGGGUGUGCUGGGCCCAGGCUCGGGCGAGUGGGGACCCUCAGCUGGGUGCUCUGGUGUCCGCAGGGCGGCUGUGCCCGUUCCGGCACGACAGAGGGGAGAAGAUGGUGGUGUGCAAGCACUGGCUUCGCGGCCUCUGCAAGAAGGGCGACCAGUGCAAGUUCCUGCACCAGUAUGACGUCACCAGGAUGCCCGAGUGCUACUUCUACUCCAAGUUCGGUGAUUGCAACAACAAGGAAUGUUCCUUUCUCCACGUGAAGCCGGCUUUCAAGACCCGGGACUGUCCUUGGUAUGACCAAGGUUUCUGCAAGGACGGUCCCCUGUGUAAAUACCGCCACAUCCGCAGGGUCAUGUGUAUUAACUACUUAGCUGGCUUCUGCCCCGAGGGAUCCAAAUGCCAGUUUGCACACUCAUUAGCCGGCCACUGGGUUCAGCACCUCCGGCUUCCGCCUGGAAAUCUAAGUCCCCUUCCCGGACAGACUGCCUGCUCCUCCACCCUCAGACGGGGCCCCAGGAGCACCUGGUCACCUACUCCUGGGGCUCAGCGCCGGGGCAGGGCCCGUGCUACAGGUGCUGAAAAAUGAGCCAUCGUGCCAGUAAGUUAAGACUCAACGGAUAGGAGUCACAGAAAAAUGACCCCUGGUCUGUCUAGAGAAAUGGAAGACCUUCUAGUGAAGAUGCCCAAAGAGCAGUCUGUGGGAGUCUAUCCCCUGCGAGCCCACUGCCAGCCUGAGCAGGGAAGGAGGUGCAGAAGCAGCCUGCUGCCUGCAGGUGUCUCUUCUCCUGUAAGUGAACGGACUACUAAAAAUACACAGGCAGAUGGACUGUGGCAGGAACGAGUUAUUCAUAAAGUGGGGGAGCAAACUGGUCGCAGAACCAAAAGUGCAAGCACACGGCAAAGUCGUCAUACUCCUCUCAGCUCCCAAGCUGCUGCUGCAAAUCCUGGGCGGCCGGGGCAGUUCC